CAUUCUUCCAGCCAGAACAGCCCACUAAAAUCGAAGGAAUGGUAUCCUUCGUGAGAACCUUAACCACCGCCUCUCUAGUCCCUGCCGCCCUCGCCGUCGCCGCCUACUCCCAUUCCACUAUUUUCACCUCUCCUCGCUUCUCCUUCAAGUUUGAUCCCCCUCUCCCCACUUCCUUACUUUCAGCUUCUGCUCCGAGACCAUUAGUCGCCGGCUCGAAUCAGUUCCGUCCUAUCGCCGCUCUGCAUAUGGAAUCCGUUGCGGUCGAUGUCAAGCACCCCGAUGAGCAAACCAGGGUUCUACCUGAGCUUAUGACUGAAUUUAUGGUGGAUAUGACAUGUGAAGGUUGUGUCUCGGCAGUGAAGAACAAUUUGCUAAAGCUUGAAGGGGUUAGAGGUGUUGAAGUGGAUUUGAGCAAUCAAGUAGUAAGAGUUUUUGGUUCCACUGCCGUGAAAACAAUGCUUGAUGCUCUAGAGCAAACAGGUCGAAAUGCACGAUUAAUUGGACAAGGAAACCCAAAUGAUUUUUUGGUUUCCUCAGCUGUUGCUGAGUUCAAAGGUCCGGUGAUCUUUGGGGUGGUACGGCUGGCUCAAGUGAACAUGCAAUUGGCUAGAAUUGAAGCAAGCUUCAGUGGAUUGUCUCCUGGUAAGCACAGUUGGUCUAUAAAUGAGUAUGGGGAUUUGACUAGAGGAGCAGAAAGCACAGGCAAAACAUUUAAUCCUGCAAAUAAUUUAUCAGAAAAGCCCCUGGGUGACCUGGGAACACUGGAGGUCGCAGAGAAUGGGGACGCUCACUUCUCGGGUUCCAAAAAGCAGCUCAUAGUCUCUGCUCUCAUAGGCCGCUCGAUCGCAGUCUAUGAGAAGGAAGACAAAUCAGACUCCGGCAUUGCAGCCGCAGUCAUUGCAAGAAGCGCGGGAGUAGGUCAGAAUUACAAGAAGAUCUGCACCUGCGAUGGCGUCACCAUAUGGGAGUCCACUUAGUUUUCUUUCUUCAAACUGGUAUGUUUCUUUCUACUCUCCUACCCUUCUACUCCAAUAAUAAUAAACUUAGAAAUAUAACUAAAUUGUGCAUACAAAUUUUCGUGUUUAAUGUUUUAUGUUUCAUUUGCUACAAUUGCAUGAUUUGUUUCUUUAAAUUGUGUUGAUUCGUAU